UCAUUUUAUCUCAACAUUUGUGUGAAAAGAACAAUUGUGUAAAGCAACUAUUUGAUAAGAGAUGGCAAGAAGAGUCUUGGGUGCUUAUAUGGGAGAUGCCACUGUGGCUACUCUAUUUAGUAUUAAGAUGUUGUUCUAUCUUACUAUAAUUGGAUUCUCUAUAACUAUAUUGGCACUUAUGGGAAGGAAUUCGGACGGUAUUUGGAUACAUAGUGUACCACCUGCUGACGAAUAUUGUGCAUACAAGUCAUCCUUGCAAGUGAACCUGCAGGGAAUUGCGUCAUAUUGUAAAUAUAUUGUUGCUGUGGCUGCCAUUGGUCUGGUUAUUUCAUUCCUUGAAUUUUGCUACAGCUUCUUGGGCAUAUUCUUUAAAUGGCAACAAAAGUUAUGGUAUAUUGAAGGUGCCAUCAACUUCUUCUUCUGGGCUUGGUGGUUGGUUGGUGCCAUAGUUGCCACAGCUGCGAGACCUUCUACUGGAAUGCUGAACCUCCACAACAAUAGAACAGAAGUUAACGCAGUAGAAGCUCUGUUAUGGGGCAAUAUGUGUCUAUAUUUCUUUAAUGUGUUCCUGGUAUUCUUUAUCUACUGGGUUGGUGAGACGGGUGGAUGGAUACCAACUGUUGCAGAUUAUCGUGUUUUGACUUCUUUGGAAAAGGAUCAAACUUUAUCAAAAGGAGCUGACUUACAUCAGGAAACUGCGUAGAAGAAAUGUGUGACUAGAGAUAAUGAAUGUAAAGGUUGUCAUAUAGUAUGAGUUAUAGUGAUUUGAGUACAUUUGUUCGCUUUACGUCUCUGUGAGUGACCACUCCUCGAUGUAGUGUGAAUUCCUCAUAGAGAACGAAAUAAAUUUGUUGG